AGUAGGCCUAUAUUCAAUAUAAUUAAAUACAUGUCCUUUUUAUGAACACACAAUAUUCCUUCGCCUUUUUUUAUUAUACCUUGUGUGUAUUGCACAAUGUUUCUUCUUGUUGUUUUGCGGAAGUAAUAACUCGUUCGACCUGUUAGCGUGUAAUUGUCACAUGGAUACUGCGGUAGUACUAUAUCUAGCUUAUAUUGUCAGUUUUCUCGGUUUCUCCGCGUCAAAACUAUUCGGACAAUGCAAGAAAAAAGAUUAUAUUGAAGUAACCACUCAAGAUUUUGAAUUUAUAUAUAAUAUAUUGAAAUGAAUGACUCUUUAAGGUUAGUGAAGUUUCUCAUCGUUGCAGUAGUCCUCACCUUCUCUGGAAAGAUAUUGUUGAGCAAAGUCACUCCUUCCAGAAGACGUGACUCCACAACACUUAAUCCCAUAUCGCAGGAGCUUUACCGGGUAAUAUCUCCAGAAACGUAUCACUAUGUGUUCAACCAGUCUCAUGUAUGCGUGGAAAGAAGCCCCUUCCUGGUGCUAAUUGUUCCUGUAGCACCAGGAGACAGGGAUUCAAGGGAUGCUAUUAGAAAAACAUGGGGAUCAAAGAAUUUGAUACCAAACAUGGAUAUUCUCACUAUGUUUUUCCUUGGUAUGCCCAAGGAAGGCCUCAGGUCCAACAUUCAGGCGAGCCUGAGGAAGGAAAGCCAGGAUCAUGCAGACAUAAUUCAAAUGGAUUUCCUAGACAGCUACCAGAACCUGACCAUCAAAACCAUGAUGGUCAUGAACUGGCUGGCCACACACUGUCAGACAGCCUCAUACGCCAUGAAGGUUGAUACAGACAUAUUUGUCAAUGUGUUCUACCUUGUCAAUCACAUGCUGCGGGACUCUCCUAGACAUGAAUUCAUCACAGGGUCAGUCAUUACUGAUGGCCGCCCUCGGAGAAAUAAGAAGAGUAAGUGGUAUCUAUCAGAGGAUAUCUACCCAGAGGAUACAUUCCCUCCUUAUGUCUCUGGUGCUGGCUAUGUCUUCUCCAUGGACCUGGCCAGGAAGAUAUCCUGGGCUUCCAGGUUUGUUAAGAUGAUCCCCUUGGAGGAUGUCUAUGUGGGUUUGUGUCUACGUGUGGCUGGUGUGCGACUCGUGUACUCUCAAAGCUACUUGACCCUGAAGAACCUGUUUGAAAUCCGUCGUUUGGAAUAUAAUAGGUGCACCUAUGCCACACGUGUCAUUGUCACUGGCUUUAAGCCACAGGAAUUGCUUCACAUUUGGCAUGACUUUCAUAAAGGGCACCUCACCUGCUGAUGUUGAAUCCAUAAGUAGUCUUGAAUUGAGAAAAACACUUGCGUAAUGCCUUCAUGAUGUACAAGAAUGUUUACAGUAGCAAGACUAUAUUCUUUUGCUAUUUUCCUAUUGCCUUUAAUAAUAUUUGCACCAUAAGCUGAAUGGAAAAUUUACAUUUAAUAAGAUACUUAAAAUAAGCAGAGUAAAUCAUGAAUUAUAAACUACCUCUUAAUUACACAUUACUUUGAUAUCAGAUUCAGAAAAGCACGCGUUUUGUUUUCUUGUUCAUUUGUAGCUUGGCAAGUCAUUAUAUAGGCUACUGUAUGUUUAGAUCAAGCAUGCUUUCAUGGUGUAGUUACACUUGAUAAACAGCUGAUGGCAUAAUAUAACCACUCAUUCCUGUAACUGUAUGUGACAAGUAAGAGAACUGAGCAUGGCAAAAGACUGCUGUCAGAAUCAACUUCUCUUGUCUGGCUGGAUGUCAAAAUCAUACUCAGGUCUGGACAUAGCCAUUGAGGGUUUAUUUAGCACUUUUUAAGUAACUCAUGAAAUGUUUGUUGUGCUAUGUACAGUGUGUGUGUGUGUGUUAGGAGGAUUGGGGGGGGGGGGUCCUUUGAUGCUCUGUAAUUGCAGGGUGUCUGUCUGAAAGCUUCUCUCACAGCAAUCUAAGUACCAGUGAGUGAGGUCAGAAAUUGGCUGGUGAUUCAUGAACACUAGACACCUCGGUCUCAACAGAUGGCUGACACUCAGACUGUGAGACCAGCCAUAGCUGACAGAGUGAAUGAGAGAAGUACAAGUCUUUAUGAUGACUUGUUUUCUUGUGUGAGAACCCCCACCCCUCAUUGUUAUAUUUCUUGUGUCCUCUGUUGUAUCCUUUUUCCCACACUAUGAGUGGGAGUUUUGUGCUCAUUACUUGUUUUUGAGUCUGCAUAAAUUAGGCAAUAUUCAUCCCUCCCAUCCCUGGGCCGUACGAUGCCAGUUUGAUCUCACAAUGAAAUGUUGUAGCCUAUUUAUUCUCGAGUUGCAGUAACUGUUUUGUUUCAAGACCUUGAAACAACAAAACCAUGUUCAUGUCUGGGUGUUGAUGUUUUGAAUAAAGAACAGGUCGUACUUCUGA